UUUGUUAUUCUUUUUUUUAUUCUUUACACACACUCUCUCUCUCACACACACAGACACACACACACACACGCACGCACUCAUUCUCUCUUUCUCUAUCGCCUGGUAGCCCUACAUCAUCUUAAAGCGAACCUGCAGCUCAAGCGUCAACAAUAUUUCCAUAAGACUGGAUUUUAGAGGACAAGGGAAAUAUUUUCAUGUAGAGAAACACACUGAAUGUUCAAAAAAAGGAAAAGAAAUGGUUGUGCAUUUCUUAGAUGUAAGAACAUAGUCCGGGACCCAGGAUCCUUUCUGUCUGUUGGUUUUCACAUUAUGGGCUCCUGUGUAUCAAAGGAUAAUGCCAAGAAGAAAGAAAAUUAUAACUUGCCCAAAGAAAAAGAUGACCAGCUACAGCAAGGAAGUGAAGAGCUACAAGAGACUGACAAGGAUCCGCCAGCAAUUCAGGACCCGCUACAGGCAGAAUGUGAUUCUUCUGAAGCCAGAGAAAAUGAGCAUCAGUGCACGACUCCGAACUGUGAAUGCUCCAAGAAAUGCUUAAAGGCCUCCAAUGGAAUUCUGCCAGAUUCUAAAUCAAGUUCCAAUAGUUAUGACAUCACUGCCCUUGCAACAUCAUCUUUAAUUGGUUUGGUGCAGACCAUAAAGGACCAUAUUACAAAGCCUACAGCAAUGGCUCGUGGCCGGGUUGCCCAUUUGAUUGAGUGGAAAGGCUGGAGCACAAGACAAUCAGGCUGGGACCCCUCAUUUGUUAAUGAAGAACAUUACUCCUACCUCACAGAUGAACUGAAGGAAGCACGGUUUGCAGCAGGUGUGGCUGAGCAAUUCGCAAUAACCGAAGCUACACUAAGUGCCUGGUCAUCACUAGAUGAUGAUGAAGAAGCUGGUGAUGGAAAUAGUUCCCUGGAUGCCAUUCAGCUGCAAGAUAUGGAAUGCAUGUACCUUCAAGAUCGUCUAUUUAGUGGUGCACAGGGAAUGUACAGCCCAAACACAGAAUCUAAUUCAGAUAUAAGAUUUCGGACCUACUCCUCAUCUGUUACUUCACCUAUUGUGCCACAAACAUUUCCCCAAGCAGAAGAAUGGAGUCAGAAAAGUUCUGUACUGGGUCACUAUUCCAACAACGAACCUAAAACCAUAAAUUCAUACAUUCGCUGCUGGGAAGAACAAAAUGUUAUUAAGAACCCUACUUCAGGAGACCAACAGAGAAUAGUGAAACAGAUGACCCCUGUCCAACAGAGGCAGCAGGGAUCUAAUGCUCUACACUAUGUUGACAGCAGCUCUCUUUCAGAAGAUGAAGUAUUUUACAACUAAUUAACUAAAUCUAAAUAUAAGCUGUAUAAAGAGAUACCCCAGCAGCUGACUGCAGUACGUGUCAGCUGACACAGGUGACCUCAUGUAUUAUGUUGCAGUAAUGAAUGUUUCUGAAAAGCAGUGUAUGAAGCAGAAUGUAAGGGAAAUUUAAUUUUUCUUUUGCUGGAAAUCUGUAGAUGAUUACAAGACUGGUAAAUGUUCAGAGAAGGGCAAAGAACAACGACUGGCAUAUGAAGAGCUGUUUGUAUAAGCAAUGCCAGAAUUUUGCUGUAUAACUGUCUUUUGUGAGCUUGCACGGUAUAAAGAAGAUGGUAAAUAAUUUCACUGUCAGGUUGCUGAGAAAUAUCUUUAAUCUUCUCUACUAGUGCAAACAAUAUCAGUAAGGUAAUGGCAUACAUGUUCUGCUGCUAAAAACACUGACAUUAUGGUGUACUGCUUACCAGACAGAUUUCUCAUGUACAAACUACAGUUGUCCGAUUCUUGGAAUAAAAGGGGGAGUGAUCCUUCUUAUAUUCUUUUUUGCAGUAAGAUAUAAUGCAGAGCUCAUCAUUUACAUGCUAAAGAUCUCAUCCUCAUACCUUACACAUUUUAAGGAGCUGGACUGGCUUAUUCAUAAAUGUCAUGUCCCUCUGCUGUUCCCGCUGUUGGCUUUCUUAUUGCAACAUGUUUUCAGUUAGCAGCAGGUAUGAUAGUGUAUUUUGUAUCAUGCAGUGCUGUUGACUUCUGCCUUAACUUGGUAAUCUGGGAGUUUAUAGCUUUUCAAGCCAUCAUAACAAGCAUUUCAGUCUUAUUCCGUGGGUACAGAGAUCACUGGUAAUGGAUGAAGCAAAUUGAAUAUGUUUACCAUGUUUCUUUUAUUUUGUAAGAGAGGGUAAUACACUGUCAUUAUAAAAACAAAAUACUGUGAUAUGUGUGUUUAUGUAAUACUGUAAUUAGUCCUGUAACUUUUUUAUAUUUUAGAAAAGACUGUAUUGUGAAAUCAAAUUAAAGAUACAAAGGAAACCAAAUAAAAGCUCCAUUGCACCAGCA